AUGGGUUUAUCUGAUAAUACAGGGGGGAAAAAACCUGCUGAAAAGUGGAUUCUCCUAAGGAAAUUAUAUUUCACGAAAAAUAUUCCUCUUAUUCAACAUGUAGUAACACCCCCGCUUCAUGAAUUAGACUUACGGCAGAGUGGGUGCAAUGGAGAGCGAAAGACUUUAACACAUGGUUUUAUCCCCACCUUACAGAAACUCUCUGAUUCUGCCACCUUAUUGCUUACUGGCUUUGUGCCACAGCCGAUGAUGUUUGUGGAUACGGUGGUAGCUCUCCAAGCCCUGUCCAAAUAUGGAGCAGCAACUUUCAGUAAAAGGGAGAAAGCAGCUGUAGUCACUGUCAAGUCUUCAGAGACGUUCUCUGAAGAAUUCCAAGUCCAUGAUGCCAAUCGCCUGUUGCUGCAGGAGGUCAGGUUGCCAGAGAUUCCAGGGGAGUACAGCACGACAGUGUCAGGGUCAGGAUGUGUGUACCUCCAGACUUCCUUGAGAUAUAAUGUCCUGCCCAAGAAAGAAGGGAAAGUUCCCUUCACUCUGAAGGUUGAUACUCUCUCCCAGAAUUGUGAUGGAGUACAUGCUCACAGAAAAGUCCAGAUUCACAUCAACAUUAGUUAUACUGGGGAACGACCAAGCUCCAACAUGGUCAUUGUUGAUGUGAAGAUGAUAUCAGGCUUCAUACCUGUGAAAUCAUCAGUGAGAAAGCUUCAAGAAAAGCCUCAGAUUCAAAGGACUGACAUGAGCACCAACCAUGUCCUGAUUUACUUUGAAGAGCUAACCAAUCAAACCCUGAGUUUCUCCUUCUCAGUGGAACAAGACAUCCAAGUUGACAAUUUAAAACCAGCCACUGUAAAAGCCUAUGAUUAUUAUGAGACAGAGGAAUUCACUAUUGAAGAGUACAGGGAUCCCUGCAGUGCUGAAUCUGAAGACAGAAAUGCUUGAAAAUGAAAACUUGUGGCCCUCAUCAGAUGAUCUUCUCCAGCAACGAAGGACAAAGACUUACCAGGAAAGAGAAGAUAGUGGGAGAAAUGGGACAGGAAUUAGAAAUAUAUAAAGUUUGUAUGUUGAAUAAAUUUAUGACGUAUACACUUCUACCUUUUCUUUUGUUAUUUCUCAAUAUUAUAUUUCCCUUCUGAAAUAUGUAUCUAUUCCCUGUGGUAUUUUUACAAACACUAUAAAAGCCAUAUGAAAAGCUAAGCUAAAAACACCACAGAUAAAUCAAAAUGGAAUUCCAAAAAGUGUCCUAGUAACCCACAAGAAGGUAGGCAAAAGAAAACAAUGUUUCCAAAUACUGGAAACAACCAAAAUGUCUAUUAAUAGGUGAAUGGUUAUACUAACUGUGGUACAUUCAUGCCUUGGACUACUCCUCAGUGAUAAAAAGGAGCAAACUACU